AUGUUUCAGCUUUUGCUAGAUGUUGGUCCUUAUUGCGUUUGUUUUUACGCAGUCUUGGUUCUUGCUGCUCUGGUAUUUCUUGCGAGUCAGUUGUGGAAGAUGCUGCAGCAGCUUAAUCAGGAAUGCAGGGCUGAUAUUCCUCCUGGUUGUCUAGGAUUGCCUUUUAUUGGGGAGACUAUCCAGUUUAUGGCUGCCAUCAACAGUGGCAAAGGCUUCUACGACUUUGUCCGAGUUCGCAGUCUCAGAUAUGGGAAUUGCUUCAAAACCAACAUAUUCGGACAGACGCAAGUGUUCUUGUCGAGCACUGAAUCAGCUAAAAUAAUCCUAAACAAUGACUUGGGGAGAUUCACGAAGAGAUACAUAAAGUCAAUUGCAGAGCUAGUGGGGAAUCAAAGCUUGCUCUGUGCUUCUCAGCAGCAUCAUAAACUGCUCCGUGGCCGUUUAGUCAAUUUGUUCUCAACAAAUUCCAUAUCUCUGUUAGUUAAACAGUUCGAUGAACUCAUUGUUCAUACUCUUAAUGGCUGGGAAGAUGGAGGCACUGUCAUUGUACUUGACGAAGCUCUUCAGAUAACCUUCAAAGCAAUGUGUAAAAUGCUGCUGAGUUUGGAGAGAGGACUAGAAUUAGAGCUAUUGCAAGAGGAUGUAGGUCACGUUUGUAAAGCAAUGCUUGCAUUCCCUCUGAGGUUGCCCUGGACAAGAUUCUACAAGGGCCUCCAGGCCAGAAAAAGAAUCAUGAGCACAUUGGAGAAGAUCAUCAGUAGACGAAGAAGAGGUUUAGAUGCUGCUACUGAUGACUUUCUGCAACGUCUUUUGGUGGAAGAGGAUAAUUAUUGUUCGGAUGGACUGCAUAGACUAACCGAUGCAGAGAUUCAAGAUAACAUAUUGACAAUGAUUAUUGCAGGUCAAGAUACGACAGCAAGUGCAAUCACUUGGAUGGUCAAGUAUCUGGGGGAGAAUGAAGAUGUCCUUGACGCAAUUAAGGCUGAGCAGCUUCACCUCUUGGAAAAAACUUCGAAAAAGUUAUUUCUUACCCUGGAUGAUCUUAACGAAAUGCCCUAUGCUUCUAAGGUGGUUAAAGAAUCACUGAGAAUGGCAUCUGUUGUACCAUGGUUUCCAAGACUUGUACUUCAAGAUUGUGAUAUUGAAGGAUACAAGAUGAAGAAAGGAUGGACUGUCAACAUUGAUGUUAGAUCAAUACACCUUGAUCCAAUGGUCUACAGUGAACCCAACAAUUUCAAUCCUUCAAGGUUUGAUGAUGAAUCUAAGCCAUACAGCUUCCUAGCAUUUGGAAUGGGAGCAAGGACUUGCUUGGGGAUGAACAUGGCCAAAGCUAUGAUGCUCGUCUUUCUCCACCGUCUUCUCACAACUUACAAGUGGAAGGUGCUAGACUCGGAUUCAAGUAUUGAUAAGUGGGCACUCUUUUCGAGACUAAGCAGUGGUUGCCCUGUGCACGUGACACGUCUUUAGCUAAUGCCUCCGGCAAGCAUAUUUAGUGGGGAUAAUAAUUGGUUAAAAAGACUUAAUAAUGUUAAACAAGGAGUUGGUCUCUUUCCAAGAAGAAAACAGGUGGCGUGAGAGUUAAUUUUAUAUUUCAUAAUAUUAUAGUAAUGAUAUGAGAUUAGGCAAACUGUGCCUAACUCUCACUAGUCAAUGCAAGAUCGAUUGCACCACCAAUUAUGACAACAUAUAUGUCAAAAGGCGGUGCCUUGUAAGUGUUUACCUUUUUCUUGCCAAAGUAUAAAACCUAUA